UUUGCGGCCUCAGUGCUGAGCCCGAGCCCGAGGCCCGAGUCCUGGCCCCGCGCCAAGCGCCGCCCCCACAGCAGCGAUGGCCGAGCCCGACACCGGCGGCCCCUGUCCCCGCGGCCUCGGCCCCGCGGCCGGACUGACGGCGCAGCUGCUCGGCCUCGGACUGGCGGUCACUGUGGCCGCGAUCAGUCACCCCGGGAGCAGUUUAUUUUCUUGGCAUCCAUUCCUCAUGACAUUAGCUUUUUCCUUCAUUAUGACUGAAGCUAUUCUGCUGUUCUCUCCAGAAUGUUCUCCCGUGCCAUCUUACUCCAGGAAAAUCAAAGUCCGGUUACACUGGUUGCUGCAGGGGUUGGCCACGGUCUGUGCUCUCUUUGGAUUGGCUGCUAUUAGCUACAACAAGGCAUUGAACAACAAGCCCCAUUUUGCCAGCUGGCACGGUCUGUGUGGCCUGGUCACUGUGAUAUGCACCUGUCUGCAGUCUGUUGGAGGCAUCUUUCUCUUCUACCCUAAACUAAUGAGGAAAUGGUCACUGGCAAAACUGAAGCUGUACCACAGCAUCUCUGGGCUCGUUCUACACAUGCUGGGCAGUACCAGCCUACUGCUUGGUAUGUGUUCAACCUGGUUCACUGUGGCUGUGAGUGGCAUCAGUUGGUACAUGUUAGCACUCUGUCCAUUGCUGAUAGCAUUGGUUAUCAUGAACCAAAUCACUAACUCCCACCGGAUGAAAAAGAGAAUGCAGGUUUGAAUCAAGUCUUAUUGUUUCUACCAUCAGUACAAUGGAAACAGUUUACAUUCCUCACAAACAACAUUCAUGGGAUCUACUCAGGCAACUGAUUAAUUCAGGCAGCUGUUUCUGAAGGGAAACCUACAAAGAAACCAUCUUUGACCUUUGGAUUCUUUGCUCAUUUGAUAAAUUACAUAUUAUUUUAAUUCCCACAAUUAAAUCUGAUAAUUUGUGCUGCAAUAUCAAGAGUCUAAAUAAUAUGUUCAGAAAUUGUUAUUUAUCACAUUUGUAAUGCAUUGCUAAUUUUUAUGAGACUAGCACUCUAAAUAGGACCGAACUAGAAAGCUUGUGAUGUUCCAUUACUCACUUUUUAUGUUGAUAAUAUUCCUUUCACACAUUGCAGUGCAGCGCUAAAAUGUUAUUUAAAUGAAGUAAAAUUUACUUUGCAUUUAAA